AUGGCGCAGGAAGUUCCCGAGACGGCGUACGAACCGGAAGCGGAGGAGGAUGCGAGGAGAAAGCGCGAGCGCCGAGUUGUUCAGGAGGGCACGGCGCUGUGGAGGCGACGGAAGGAGGAGCUGCAACGUCAAAAGCACCGCGAGCAACGUGAACUGCAGGAAAUUCUGGCCAAUUACUCGCCGUGGGGUAAGCCAGGUGGCGGCGCGCCCUGCGCGGCCACCCUAAGGAAGAGAAACGUGCCCCUGGAACCGCCCGAGCUGCCAAGAUGCCACAGUUUCGGUCAGGGUUGGACGAGCAACUCGACGAUCGACAGACUGAACAAGAGAAGUGCAGACCUUCCGGCUGUUGUGGACGUGAAUAAAUUCUACGAUGACAGAGCAACGCCAGGUAUCGCUUCGGAAACACAACCGGACCCGAGGAAUCUCUACAAGGAGGAGAUUCAGGUGUACGAGCUUACGGGUGGUGUCGAAUUGGUGCCUUUGUUAACCAGUAGACGCCAUCAGUCGUAUCCGCAGAGCAGGCGCUAUCUUGCCACAGAUGCUACUCGUCCGGGAUACACGAUAGAAUCGCUUCACGCACUCGGCGUCGGCAAUCGAGAAUACAUCGCGGAUCUCGCCGAGCAAAUACGAUGUAAGCGGGAUAGAGCGUUGGAGGAACGGCGGAUCGAGCAGGAGAAUUGUCGCAGACACUUCGAUACUUGGAAAAGGCUAUGGGGUAGACCGGGCCAUGGUGCUCCCAUAGAUCACGCGCAGCGAAACAAUCUCUACAACAUCCUCCAUCGACCGGCUAUCUAUUGAAUCUUCCCGUAAAGCGUUUCGCCUUCGAGCGAACGUAAAAGCGGAAGUGACAUCGUCUCUCUGCAAAAUGCCGUCUUUUAUUAUACGAAACGAAUAAGAAAAGGAGGUUAUUAGGUACGGUGACGCAACGCGAGAUAGGUAGUAUCAUAUCCACAGGGAAUGGCAUGCUGGGCAUAAUACAUAAAUAGCUCCCCGUUCAGGGACGAUCGUAUACGAUCGCGAUAUGCGUAAUAUCAUCCUCUAUAUGAACCUCUUAUUUUUGAAGUCACGUAAAUUAGAUUUUGUAACAUGACUGGAAUAUGACUGAAAUAUUCUGGUGCAAUGUUUCAUUUGUCUGUCGAAACAAGAUAUCGAAGAUAAAAAUUAUGUUACCUUUAAAAUAAGCUGCUUAAAUGAGAGAAUAUUUUAAAAAUGCGAUAUGAGAGAGAUACAUCGAAUAAAAAAUAUGCC